AUGACCUCCCUUGCCUCCUACCUGCUUCCUGAUGCCUUCAUGGAUACAUCCAUCUCCAGUGAGCAGUUGUACUGUUCUCCCGUUUGGACUCGAGUGAUUCGCCUCCCCCCUCACCUUCGGCUUCAAAUGCCCAAGUCCAAAAGGCCAGUACGUACUCUUCAAGGAGCUCUCGCCCUUCAACCAUUCCUGAGUUCUCACUCUGCCGCCUGCUACCGAGCUGUCUACGGGGCUCCAGGUGCUGGAGGCGUCGUUCAGGGUACAAAGUACUUCGAACCUAGCGCACCCUGGCCGCGAGAGGCCCUUGCUGCAAGAACAAACUGCUGCACCGGCGCCUUUAAUUGGAUGAUCAGAGAGAGCGCGAGAGAGGAAGAGAACGAGAGAAGGAACUUUGACUCUUUUCGUGGCUGGUGGUCGGUCUAUUUUCCAUUCUUCUUUUGCUUCCUCGUCUCCGUCCUCUUCCUCUUCUACUUCAUCCUCAUCCACAUCCUCAUCCUCUUCUUCCCCCCCCUUUUCUCCUUCUAA